UUGACUGUAUGUACAAUCGUUGUGAGGCCUGCAAAGACAGAGUGAUUCCAACAGCACUUGAUGUGGAGAACAAGGGCAACAUAAUCACCUGGCAGGAGUGGGUGACCAGGUCUAUCACAGUGGAGAGGACUGGGAAAGCUGCAACCAGGGAGAAAGAAGUGAAGAACACCGCACUUGAAACCCGAAGUACUUCCAUUGAGAGGUUGGUAGCUCUUACCACGGAACAUCUCCCCAACUUUGCCGCACAUAUCUUCAACAUCAGGCACCAGUUUUCCGCUCUCAAGACGAUGAAGGAUAGCAUCCAUGAUGAUGAUGUGAUGGUCCAUAUCGAUUACAGCGAAAAUUGGAGCUGCAAGUAUGUGCGGGAAGUGAAGGAUACCCAUUUCGGAGGUGGGAACCAGCAGGUAACCCUCCACACUGGUGUGUUCUACAACAGUAAAGGCAGGGUGGAAGCCUUUGCUUCAGUGUCUGCCAGCCUCCAGCACAAUGCAACAGCAACAUGGGCCCACCUGGAACCUGUUUUGAGGUACAUCCGCCAACAACACCCCAAUGUAUGCAACAUACAUUUUGUUUCUAAUGGCCCAACAUCCCAAUACAGAAACAGAAAUUCGUUCUACUUGGCCUCCACUGUACCAUUCCUCCAUGGAUUUAAAUACGUGACAUGGAACUUCACAGAGGCGUCUCAUGGAAAAGGACCCCCAGAUGGCGUGGGGGCAGCCUUAAAAAACCUGGCAGACCGAAUAGUGGCAUACGGCCAAAGCAUCCCAGAUGCAGAUACUCUGUUUCAGCAGCUGACCCUGAACUCCUCGGUAACUCUAUUCCAGGUGUCUGAGGACAAAAUUAAAGAGAGGGGUGAAUUGCUUCCUCCACACCUUAAGCCAGUCCCAGGGACAAUGAAAAUCCACCAACUGGUGUCCACCACUCCUGGGGUAGUUCACACGAGGGAAGUGUCAUGUUUCUGUCAGAAAAAUUGUGAGUGCUUCUCUCCAUCACGCCAUGCAUUUGCGGAGGAAGACGACGUUUCCACAAAGCCACCAGAGGCUUCCAUAGAGGUUGGCCAGUGGGUCCUUGUGGAAUACGACGCAGAUCUGUUCCCCGGUGUAGUUACACAGAUUGCAGAUGACCAGUAUGAGGUGGACACUAUGAACUGCGCUGGGGAAAACCGAUUUUAUGUGCCAUCAAUUAAGUUUUCUGGGGAAAAGGUGUGGUACUACCGCCACGACAUCAAAGACCAAAUUCCCGAGCCUCUGCCAGUCACUUCCUCUGCGAGGCAUUUUUGUGUUUUGCCUGAUAUUUGGGCUAAACACAAGCUGCGCACCUGAUGCAUAUUGUGAUGUAUGAGCUGAGAUGAGAUGAGCACAAUGAGAUGUUGUAAUGAUCAUUUUGAAUGUAAACAUUCCAUUUCGAUUUAUAUCUACAUUGAUGUGUAUUGUUUUCACGAAUUUAAUGUUUCACAGUUGUGUAAUGAGAUGUAUUGAUUAUAUUGUAUUUAAACAUUCCUUUUCCAUUUAUGUCUACAUUCAUGCUUAUAUUUUUAAUGAAUUUAUGUCUGAGGUACAGUAUGCUGGAAUGUGUUUUAUUAAAAUACACAGUUCAAAAUGGGAUAUUUUCAUUCUUUCUGAGAAUAAUUUUCAACAGAAAAUGCCACAUUUACUUCUCCAUACAAAACUCUAAAGGUAAAUCUCAAGAAUUUGUUAUAUAUUCCCAGCAUUCACACUCUGUGUUUGUUGUGUAAAGUGUUAUGGUGAAUUAAGUAGGAAUCUCAUUACCGAAACUUUGACACUCAUUUCCGAAACACCUUUCUCUUUACCG